AUGGAUCAAAUCAUUAAGAUAAUGUGGAUAUCUUUAUUAUUAUUUACUGGUCAAAAUUAUACUGAUGCUGAUAAACUAGUUCAAUCUUCAUUAUCAACAUCAUACAUUAUGAAAAAUGCACAAUAUUCUACUUAUAAUCAUACAGUUACACAAGGUGAACAAAUCACAUUACAUUGUAUACCAGAUCUUAAUACAAAUUUCAUUAUAUGGUACUUUACACCAAUGAUUAUAAUGAGAGAUAAUCAUUUCAAAGGAUUAUCAAUAUCUAAUCGAAAUGAUUCAUCUAUUAAUGAAACUAUUAUGGAAACUAUUGAACUAGCAGUUUGUAAACCUAAUGUAACAUGCAAAGAACAAAUUCAUUUGAUUGAUAUACAAGUACAUUCAAAUGGAAUUUUAACAAUAAUUAAUGUUCAAUCAUAUCAUAGUGGUAAUUAUCAAUGUGCAAUGUUAGCUGGUGUUAAUACAGUAACAAUGAAUAGAUAUUUAAUUGUUCAAAUGACUGAUGAAAAACUAUAUGAAUUAAGUAAAGAAUCAAAUAAAGAACCGUAUUUUAUUGAAGGUGAAUACCUUAAUUUAUUAUGUCAAAGUGAAAAAGGAUUACCUUCACCUCAAAUAUUUUGGUCAUUUCUUCCAAUACAAAAUACAACUAUAACUUCAAUGAAAUUGGAUACAUUACAUGAUAUAAAUUUCAAUAUAAAAGACUCAUUGAAGACAAUUGAAAACACAAGAUCAUCAGUGUAUUUUCCAACAAAUACUCCUUAUGGAAAUACAUCCAGUCAUUUUCGACUGAAGGUAUACCGGUCACAUGAUGGUAUGCGAAUUAUAUGUAAAGCUGUGAAUAGAAUAGGUGCAAGUAUAUCAGAACCAUAUAAAAUCUCUGUAAGAUAUGCUCCAGUAAUUUUACAGUUUUCCAACGAACCUUGGAUUGUUCUAUACGAAGAACCAAGUACUAUUGUUUGUCAUGCUAUAGGAAAUCCUACACCAUCUAUAUACUGGAUAGAUCAACACGGUCAAAUAAUAUCAAAAACAGAACAAUUAAAUUCAGCUGUAUUCAAUAAAAUUCUGAUAAAAGAUGAAUUGAGUAAAUUUACCAAAGAUAAUUGGACAAUAAAUGUUACAUGUACAGCGGAAAAUAUUAUGGGAAGUAUAGAAAAGUCAUUAAAAAUUGAAUUUUAUUUUGCUCCGAUAAUUAAAACAACUGGUGUUGUCUAUACACGUCAUAGUGAAUCAGUUCGUUUAUCAUGUGAUGCUAUCUCUAAUCCACCACCAAUGAAUGUCUUUUGGUAUCGUAAAUCGAACAAGAUCUCAUCCAAUUUGAUCAAGUCAAAAUAUGUUAACCAUAAUGAUCUAUUUAGAACGAUGAAUAGUGUAACUAAAUAUUCAUCUAAUUAUAAUAGAAGUAAAGAUAGAUUACAUUGGUUAAGUCCAAUGCUUCAAAUUAAUUCAGUUACAAUAGAUGAUGCUGGUAUUUAUGUAUGUGCAGCUGAAAAUACAAUUAAAUUAAAGAAUAAUGAACCAUUUGUUUAUCGUAGAGAAAGUGAAACACAAUUAUUAGUUUACUAUUCACCCGGUAAGCCAACAAUUCAGAAAACUUCAAAUCCGCAAACUGAUGAAAACAUAACUGUAAUAUUACAAUGUAAUAUGAAUGCUAGACUCCCUGGACUUCCAAUUCCUUCGAUCGAAUGGUUAUGGAGUUCAAAUUCUUGUAAAACAAAAUCAUCAGAUUUAAUUACUCCAAUACCAUUUAAACCGAAAUUUUCAGAUAAUGAAGAUCAAUUAUUAAUCAAUUUAACGGAUACAUUUGUCGAUGGUUUUUAUUAUUGUCUAGUACAAAAUGAUUAUGGUAAUGCAAUAAGUGAUCCAGUCAGUAUUACAGUGCAAGAAGAACCACAAAUAAUUGAACAACCAAAUAUUGAUAAUGUAUUAAAUCCAUCUUUUAAUUCAAUUUCUACACCUUAUCUUCGUUGUGUUGCUCAUGGUAAACCUGCACCACAAAUUAAUUGGUUCCAUGAUAAUUCCAUUAUUCGUACAACAUCAACUACUAUGAAUUCUACUACACUAAGAACCUUAAAUGAUAUUCAUUGUUCAUGGAGGAAAAUUUCGACUACUGUUAAAUGUAUUGAAUAUGAAACUGGUUCAUAUACAUGGGAGACAACAAGUGAAUUAAUAUGGGGUUAUAAUGAAUCAUUAAAUAAUAUACAAACUAAAUGUCAUUCAUUUCAUAUUAUGAAUGAAGGAAGUUAUACAUGUCAAGCAAUCAAUAAUUUCGGUUAUGAAUACUCAAACCCGGUACAUAUAAUUUUAAAAUAUCCACCCAUUUUAUUACAUCAAUCUAUAAUAAAACAAACAAUUCCUUAUCAACAAUCGCCACAGCAACUACAUAAACAUUUAAUCAAUUCAACACUCAUUUCAAAAAAAUCAUUUUUUCAUAAUCAUACACAGAAAUUAACAUGUUUUUUUAAAGCUAAUCCACCCCCUAAUAAAAUUAUUUGGUAUUAUAUAACAUUUCAAACAUUUGAUAGAUAUUUAAAUAGUUUUCAUAAAAAUCAAUAUUUGAAAUCAUUAUGUCAACAACAACAACAACAAAUACCUCAUGAUCAAUUAACAUUAGUUGCUAUGCAGAAAAAAAAUCAAUUGAAUGAUAAUCAAAAUAAUAAAACUAAAAAUGUUCAUAUUGAAUUAUACACAGGAAAUAAAGUGAAAUCAAUUUUGAAAGAUUAUUAUGUUACUAUGAAUGUUACAUAUAUGGAUUCAUUAUAUUUAACUAAUUUAGUUUGGAAGGAAUUCAAUUCUGCGCUUAAAUUUGGUGUUUAUUUAUCUUAUAUUAUAAAUGAUGAAGGUUGUCAACAAUGUAUCAUCCUAUUACAAAAUUAUAGUACACCUGAAACUCCAAAAAAUAUUGAAGUAAAAGAAAUUACAUGGGAUAAAUUAACACUUAGUUGGAUUCCUGGAUUUGAUGGUGGUUAUGAACAAACUAUUGUAAUACAAUUUUUAAAAGUUUUACAUAAAGAUCAAUUAACUACAGUAAAUAAUCUUCCAAAAUCAGUAUUCAUCAAUCAUGUACCAAGAUUACCAAUAUAUCAACAAUGUCAAAUAUCAGGUUUAACACCAAAUACCAUUUACACAUUUGUAAUUUAUGGAAAAAAUUAUUUGGGACAUGGUAAACGAUCUAAAGAAUAUACAAUUACUACUAAAGAUGACAACUUUUCAAAUCAAUCAAUUCACGGUGGGCAUAAUAAUCAAUCAUCUCUUGGUGUGAAACUUCAAAAGGACCAACAUAUUGCUUAUCGUAUAUGGAUAUGUGUACGAAAUCAGACAGAUAUUUGUCAUGAAGAAAAAUUAUUCUCUGAAAAUUCUCUAUUCAACUCAAAUCUUUCACAUUUCAAAAGUAAUUUAGUUUGGAUGAUAAUUGUAAUUCUUAUAGUGUCUGUUAUUAUUUGUAUAAUCUUCAUUAUUCUUUAUGUAAAACGUCAUCAAUCCACAAAUAUACCAAAUAUUCCAUUAAUUCAUGAUAAAGAUAAAUUUUCAAUACAAUCUAAUCAUGAUCUAUUUGUAAAUAUGAAUAAAUUAAAUGGUUCUUUACCACAAUCCAAUCAGACUAUAUUGAAUCAUACACUAAAUGAAACCAAAAUGAAACUUUCCACAUCAAGUUUAACAAUAUCUGAAUCAACUCCUUCAACUAUUAUCCCUAUAACCUGUGAUAUUACAACUCAUAAUUCUAUACCAUUAUUAUCCAUGAAUUCAAAUCUACAUAAUUCUAUUGUAAAAUCAUCUACCAUUGAAUUAACACCAGCAAUUAUUGAAUAUAGGCCAACAACAAUGAAUUUUAGCCCAAAUUCAAUAAAUCAAUUCAAUAUAUCAUCAACAUGUUCAUUAAUUCCCUUAACAACUAAUCAUUUAUAUAAUAAUGAUAGUUUAUCAUCCAUUCCAAAAUGUAUUGUUGAUUCAUCAUCAAUUAUUAUCAUUCCAGCUAAAACAAUUAAUUUACAAUGUACAAAUGAAAUUUAAAUAGUUUAUCAGUUCCAUCGUUGUUUUUCUGUUUGUUUUUCAACAUCUCCUCACCCCCCCCGACUUCUUCCUUCCCCCUCCUCCCUUUGAAUAGAUUUAAUUAGAGAUUAAUUAAUGAUAAAUGGAAAGUAACAUUGGUUUUUUUUUUGUUUCUCAAAAGGAUCAACAAUUUGUAUAUUAUCAGAAGGGGUUUUGUGGAGAUUUUUAGAAAUUUCACUGGUUCAAAUCAUGAGUCUAUUGAAGGUAGAUCACCAUGGAAAACCUGGAA